AGGAACGAUCCCUCAUGGAAAUGCUGGAGUCGGGGGAGUUGGAUUUGGAGGACUUGGAGGAGGAGGAAGCAGUUGACGAUGAUGACAUGGACGAUGAGGAGCAGGCCGCAUCAUCUUCAGCAUGGGCGAAUGGACAGGGACCGGACGGCAUGGGCUGCACGGCAGUGGUGGCACUGGUACGGGGCGGUGGCAAGCCGGAGGUUCCGGGCCAAAGUUUGGGGCGACCGGUCGCCUUUCAUGGAAUUUCUAGGGCCAUUUCUAGGGCCAAUGGAUUUGCAGAUGGCUCACGAGGCGCUGAAAGUUGGCGUCGAAACUCUAGCAAAACAGGGCCCUGAGAUUUCAU